UGUUGAUCGACUCGAGGAGCCGUUCAGUUGGAACUCAGGAUUCAGGAGGGGAUCAGAUUGAAUUGAAGGCUGUCAAGCACGAAUUUUCUCGAGAAAAUUCUGACUUCCUUUUUUUCUCUCUGUCCAAACACCUAUCCCUGCUGCCACACAAUGAUCCGAAUAUCGCGGUUUUUUCUGAUCGUCUUGGCCUCCAUCUCGUCGAUCAUCUACGAGUGUUCGAGCACCUCGAUCAUCAAUCCCUCCAAAGUCAAGCAAGUUUCAUGGAAACCUAGGGCUUUUGUGUACGAGGGUUUUCUUACGGACGAAGAAUGCAAUCAUUUGAUAUCUCUGGCCAAAUCAGAGCUGAAGAGAUCGGCUGUUGCUGACAAUGAUUCUGGGCAGAGCAAGCUCAGCGAGGUUCGGACUAGCUCUGGGAUGUUCAUUCGGAAGGGAAAGGAUCCUAUUGUUGCUGGAAUAGAGGACAAGAUUACAAUGUGGACCUUCCUUCCUAAAGAAAAUGGUGAAGAUAUACAAGUUUUGAGAUAUGAGCAUGGCCAGAAAUAUGAUCCACACUAUGAUUAUUUUGCCGACAAGGUUAAUAUUGUGAGGGGUGGACAUCGCAUGGCAACUGUGCUGAUGUAUCUCAGCAAUGUGGAAAGUGGAGGUGAAACCGUGUUUCCCUCAGCAGAGGAACCUUCUCGUCGCAGAUCUUCUUCUGCAUCUGAUGAGGAUUUGUCCGAGUGUGCAAAGAAAGGAAUUGCAGUAAAACCGCGGAAAGGGGAUGCACUUCUAUUCUUCAAUCUCCAUCCAGACGCGGUUCCAGAUCCCAUCAGUCUCCAUGGAGGAUGCCCAGUAAUAGAAGGUGAAAAGUGGUCGGCGACAAAGUGGAUCCAUGUCGAUUCAUUUGACAAGAUCGUGGGAGAUGGCGGGAACUGCACCGACCAGAACCAGAACUGUGAGAAAUGGGCGGCCUUGGGCGAAUGCACCAAAAAUCCAGAGUACAUGGUUGGAAGUCCAGAACUUCCAGGCAACUGCAGGAGGAGCUGUAAGAUAUGUUAGUUAACAUGUUAAUUUGAGGAGGUACCAGUUGUUGUGUAAUUUAGUCUCCCCGCUUUUCAGUUCUCAACUUAAAAUUUUGUUUCAUCUGUCAGCUCAGUUUCCCGUUUUAGCAGUGUUAUCUUGUGAUCAACAAGGAAGUUGCUGUUAUAAUUUUCUGGUUUUCAACUGUUGGAAGUUGCUGUGAAACCAUAUUUCCAUUGAAAUACAUGUUCAACGGAAUGCUUUAAGAAAUGGAUUAGCCAGCACGCA